AUGGACGGCAAAGGUGACGAGAUUGGAAACAAUGGGGAUCUUUUCGAUGAUCGCCUGGAUAGGCCAGGCUCCACCCCUGGGCCCGAUCCGGCGAACGGGUCUUACGACGCCCUGUCCCGAGACCACAGCGACGACGCCAAUGAGAACGACGACGAUGUCGGCGAGAUCCGGUCAGCGACCAGGGUGUCGGUACCGCCUCGUCCGAGCUCCAGCCUGGGCAGUCCCGUGCACCUGGAGCACACGGAGCCCGGCUCGCAGGCCGCCAGCACUGGAACUUCGACCAACUGGUCUUCGCCCAUGUCCACGGAGACGUCCUCGACGUCCAGCCGGAAAACCGUCGGACAGCCGGCGGCCAACUCCAGGCUCGAGCGGAGGCCCGAGAUCAGCUGGGUACACGGCUACCGGGGUCAGGGACCCUUCAAGAACCUGCACGUUGUCCGGACGGGCGAGAUCCUCUACAACGUUGCAGCACUGGCGGUCCUUUUCAACCGGUCCAAGCACCAACAGAGGUUCUAUCUGGGGCACACACAAGACAUUGACUGCAUUGCUUACAACUACACUGAAGAUGUUGCCGCGUCUGGACAAGGCCCAGGCUACAAUCGUACCUCUCACGCUCACAUCCGCGUAUGGAAAGUGGAGACACUCGAAACGCUCGCCGUCCUGGGCACGGACAUUAUCGGGGAAGGACUCUCGUGCUUAGCCUUUUCACACAAGGGUCUCUUGCUAGUGGCCGUGGACGCAAGCCUGGACCACGAGCUUUCCCUUUGGGACUGGCAAAAUAAUGCUGUCCUCGGCAGAGCUGUUGCCAAUCCGGCGCCCGUGUUAGGCUGCCACUUUCCGCCGGCCGAGGAAGACCUGUUCCUGACAUUUGGGGUCCAACACCUAUGCUUCUGGAGGAGGGGAAAGGACGGGUUCCUCGACCGACUAGACGCCAUUACUGCCGAACAUAGUCCCAAGACUAUAACUGCGGUGGACUUCUUGGGAACUGCUGGUUUCGUGACAGGAGAUGAUGCUGGGUACGUCACGGUGUGGUCAGCGUCGAAAGAAGGAAGUUACUUCUUCAUUAGCAAAGAGUUCAAAGCGCAUCAGAACGACGUGAACGUGCUCCUGUACCUACCUCAUAACCUGCUACUGUCGGCAUCUUCCAUUGACCGAGAAGAACACAUUAAGGCCUGGGAUGUGGACCGAAAGUUUCACAAGCUGGGUGUCACUUCGUUGCCAAAAGGAACUGGUGGCGUGCACGCCAUCUGCCAGCACCUGCCGUAUGCGACUGAUGAGAACAUAUUCGUUGGCACGACGCACAACCUCAUCCUUGAAGGCUCCUUUAAGAGAAAAUUUCGCCCUGUGAUACAGAGCCAUUGCCGAGAUGCCAUGUUCGUGGCGGUUUCCCCCACCGAGAACGUCUUCUACACAGUCGGCAGGGACCGGGCCGUAUGCAAGUGGAACAUCACCAACCUCGUUUGGAUGACGCCCUUAGACUCCGAGUGCCUGUCCGCAUCGACGCACCCCCGCGGUGGGACGCUGGCCGUGGGCUGCACCAACGGCCGCAUGUUCCUCCUGGCCGCGGACUCCGGCGCAGUGGUGUCCUCCGUGACGGUCGCCAGCAGUGCUCUCAACGCACUUGCCUACUCUCCAGAUGGAAUGAUGUUGGCGGUUGGAGCAAAUGACGGAUUUAUCUACAUCAUUCUUGUUCAGGAUCAAGGUCAAACAAACCAGAAGGGUGAAGUUAUCAGGGGCCGGGAUUCCAUUGUUAACGUCGAUUGGUCCAGCGACAACCGUCUCCUGCAGGUGGUGACAAGCGACGGUCAAUAUCAGGAACUUCUUUGCUGGGAUGUAAACAGUCUCAAGGCCAAGUCUCCUACGCUGACCAAGGUGGACUGGCAAGAUCUCACGUGCACAUUAAAUCCAGACGUCGUUGGCAUUUGGGACAACGAGAACCUGAGGGACGCGGUGAAUCUGACCUGCCACCGAUCACACAACAAGGCCGUUGUGGCAGCUGGAGAUCGCGCGGGAUUCCUGAGAAUAUUCCGGUUCCCGUGCACGAACAUAAAGGCUGGAUUCACGGAACAAAAGAUCAGCUCAGCUCCCGUAACCUGCGUGCGAUUUCUUUACGGCGACAAGUACCUGGUUACUUUGCUGGGUCACUCAGGCUACUUCGUUGUAUGGAAGAUGAUAUCGAACAAACCAAGAGGUGGCACGGGCAAAGUGGCGUGACUUUGAUAACUUGCAUUCCUGUGUCGAUCUGCACUUUUAAUUUUGUGUACAGUCAAAUAUUUUGCUAACUUUCCUUUGUGUACAGUGAAAUAUUCAACGGCCGCCAUUACAACGACAAAAAGAGCCUGCGACGGGAUCAUUUUCGGUAGUGCUCUUUGUGAUACACUCGUUGAUGAAUAUUGGCGGCACGUUCUACAAGUGAAAUAUCUACUUUGUGUAAAAUCGACUUACUGGCGGGAUUGUU